GCCAUGGCUUCCGCCAGCCUCGAUCAGCUUGUUAAAGGCUCUUCAGCGACACAAUCGUCCGACUCGUCGACUUCUGCGGCCGCCCCAUACAAUGGGACUCCGACAUCCGAUGAUGCCUCUUCCUCUUCCCCGCCACGCCCGGCCACGCCCGAUGCAUACUCGAACCUGCCUUCAUCCCCACCCCAGAUCUACCUUAAUCUCCUCAUACUGGAAAGCUCUUUGCGAGCCCAAUAUCUAGCGCUGCGUGAACGUCGAAGGCAGAACACCUUUUUCCUGCUGUUGCUGGCCAUCUGGAUUACCUAUUUCGCCUACGCGCUCUUCCUCCGGCCCCGCGAGGAUGGCCGCGGGGUGGGUGGAUCGGUCUACUGGGUGGUCGAGAUGGGCGAGAAGGUCGCUCUCCUCGGCGGCGUGGUCACUGCACUGCUGGUCUGGGGCACAGGACAAUGGGAGCGCGGGGUGCGGUGGCCGCGGCGCUGGCUCGCCGUGGCCAACCGUGGCCUCCGCACCAUGAAUACCAAAAUCAUCGUCAUUCGAGGUCCUUGGUGGCAGGAGUUGCUCUCCUACAUCUCCUUCCUCUUUCCGUUCAUCGAUCCCUUCUCCCCUUCUCCCGUCGGGGACUUUCACUAUAUCGAGCGCCCUGUGUCCGAGAAACGCGGUAGUCGGCAGCACUAUCAGCAGUAUUACGGGCAGGACACAGAGUCAGGCCUUGUGCAGGAAGAUCUAAGCCCAGGAGGUGACUACAUCCGGUUGCUUCUCCUCCCCAAAUCGUUCUCCCCCGAAUUCCGUGAGAAUUGGGACGAUUACCGCACCGACUUCUGGGAGAAGGAGAACGAACGGCGCGCUCAACUGCGUCAGAAACUGCUCCAGAAAGAGCGUCAGAUCGCGCAGCAGGACCGCGGCUGGUUCUGGUGGCUUGGAUCCGGUUGGAAGACCUCCCAGCGUCGCCGACUCGCCGCAGCAACCCUCGGCCGAUCCGCAGAGCCCGGGCUCCAACCCCGUCACCACCACCACCACCACCACUCCAGUAUCUCCUCGAAACACGGUCUCGAGCUCAAAUCGCCCGCGCGACGGGGCCCCCGCUCCGAAUCGCACUCCCGAACCCCGUCCCGGAGCACUACGCCCGUGGACACGGACGAGCGGCCGCCAUCGCGGUCGUCGAUCAGCGGCCGGCCGCGCCGAGGCAGCCUGAGCCCAAUCGCCCACCUGGAUCACGCGCAGCAUCACCAACAGCAGCAACAGCAGCGCAAGAAGAAAAGCACCAAAACGAUCACUCGCGGCCUCUUGCCAUUGACACAGGCACAAAUCCGCGAGGGUGUACCGCGCACUCCGUCCUUUUCAUCCGAAGAUUCC